AUGGAAGAAAAUAGGACAAGAAUUGAAGUUGUUGUUCGAGUAAGACCAAUUCUUCCUGAGGAAUCUAGACAAGGUCUAAUAAACUCACGAAUCCAGCCAGAGACUGAUAAGAAGUCCCUUGUGUAAAAAAAUAAUUAGAGUGAAAUUCCCAGAAUCAAAACAGCAAAAAAGGUUCAAAUUUGACGACGUUUUUGAUGAAAGCUCUACACAAGAAGAAUUAUUCGCUAGAUUAAAAUUAAAUUCACUUGUGAAAAAAGUGGUUGAAGGAUUUAAUGCAACUGUUUUUACAUAUGGGCCUACUGGAUCUGGGAAAACUUUUACAAUGGAAGGGUAUGAAUAUGAUAGGUAAACAAUUUUUUGCACUUUUAGUAAGACAGCUAUUAGGGAUAUUUGGUUGAUAUUUUUUUUCCUCGUAUAUAUUUAUUAAAAAUUUUAAGUGUUAAUCACUUGCUAUAAUGGUUUUUUAGGCAAUGUCUGGCUAUAGAAAAAAUUGCAGAUGAGUAUCUGUAUAGCUACUAAAAAAACGCAUAGGGAAUUGUUCGUAGCCAUAUGAUAAAGGCUUAAAGCCCAUCAUAAAAGUAUUACAUAAUUAGGAAAAUGAAAAUAUUGGUCUUGUCCCUAGAACAGUUAAAGCGCUUUUUGACGAAAUUAAGCAGUCUGAAAGCCAAGUUGAAUAUACUGUAAAUUGUACAUAUAUUCAGAUCUACAAUGAAAAUAUAUAUGAUUUAUUAAAUCCAGCCCAGCUUACUCCAAACUCCCCUGGCUUGAAGAUGAGGUGAAAUAAAAGCGAUGAAUUCUAUGUAGAAAAUCUUUGUAUUUUCCCAUGCUUUACAUAUCAAGAAGCAUUAAGCCACUUUAAUUCUGGAUUAAGGAACAAGAUUAUGGCUUCCCAUAAUAUAAACAGUACUUCUUCAAGGUCCCAUUCAAUUUUUUCAUUGAAUCUUGAAGCUUUAGAUAAAGAAGAAGGCAGAAUUGUGUCAAGCAGACUUCAAUUAGUAGACUUAGCUGGAAGUGAGAAAACAGCAAUGACUGGAAAUGAAGGCUUAGCACUAAAAGAAAGCAUUGAAAUCAAUAAAGCGCUGUUUACAUUAAGGCAGGUUAUUACAACGUUAGCAGAAAACAAUGAAGCCUUUGUGCCGUAUAGGAAUUCGAAGCUUACAAGUCUGCUAAAGCAAAGCAUUGGAGGAAACAGCUAUUGCUUAAUGAUAGCGUGUAUAUCUCCGAUAGAUACUUUUUUUGAGGAUAAUCAUAGUACUCUCAACUAUGCUAUACAAGCAGGAAGUAUUUCAAAUAUUCCUGUGCAAAAUAUAGACCCAAAAACUAAAAUCAUCAGGGAGUUAAAAGUAAAAUAUAUAUAGAAAGAAAUAAAAAGACUGAAAAAAGAGCUUGACCAAGCAAACAGUCAGCUGGAUUUUCUCACUCUCUCCCUUUAAAUUGGUCUGUUUUAAAUAAAAGAAGGUGAUUUUUAAAAAAAGUAUUAUUUAAAUUUUCUUAUAUAAAUAAUCUAAAAAAAUGUAAAUUAAAUAAAAAUAUUUGAAUUUACAUUUAUUUUCUGAUGAAUUGACUUAAUCGAUUUAUUGUUCCAACUGUUAAUAGUGCUCUACAUGCAAAUUAAGCCAAAAUAUUUAUUAAAAAUAAUAAUUUUAAUCUGUUAAUUUACCGUUGAAAAUUUCAAUUUAUUAGGGGUUAACUACCCAAAAAUUUAAAUUUUUGCCAACAUUUUGUUUCAGUUUAAAGUGGGAGUUAGUGAAAUUGCAUCACUGGAUAGAAAAACUCAAAAAUCACGACUGCAAGAAAUGGAAAAACUUCCAUUAAAAUCUGUCCAUAUAAAACGUAUACGUGAUUUAAGGAAAUCGCUAGAAUUAUCUACUAGCUUUGAGCCAACUCCCGUUCCUCAUACAGCUGCUUCUCAAUCCCGAGGUAAAACUGAGGAUUUCCCUUUAUCCCAAGAAGUUUUAAGUGAAAAAUUAUACGACAGUGUCAAAAUGAUAAGAGAACUAAUGGCAAUUAAUAAAAAACUAAAAGAGCAAAAUUCAGAGCUUUUGUCUUCUAAAAAGAAUAUAGAAGCUGAAUUUAUUGAAAUUCAAUCUGAAAAUCAAGAAUUAAAAGAAAAAACAGAAAUGCUGGAAACUAUAUUGAGAGACCAAGUGGAGCAGGCAAAUGGGAUAAAAGAGGUAGAAAACUUGCAAAAAGAAAAAAAAGAAUUAGAGUGAAAAAUCGCGCAGCUUGAAAAGGAAAAUAAAAAUCAUUCAAGUAUGCAGGUUAGAAAAAGUGAGUGGGAUUGAAAGUCCAAAAGGACUGUACUAAGAGAUCGUAAAUUUUAGACAGAUUCUGCUAAGCCUCCAAAAGUGUUUACGUUUGACAGAAAUGAAGGGACUCCUAUUAAUUCAAAUGGGAGAUCAUCACUGACACCUCGAGAGAAACAAUUUAGAACAUCUUUUAAUUUUCAUAAGAGAAACACUUCAAACGGUCUUAGUUUCGAUUCUCAAGUAAAGCAAGAGGCCCUUUCAGCCCUUUCAAAUAUUUUAGGAUAUAAACAAUUGUAA